AGUAUUUAACUUUUCCUUACCCCAUUACUUCCACUCACACAACAACUAUCUAUACAGCAUAGCUUUGCCUCUAUCUCUAGAAAUUCCUUCUUUUUAUCUAAAUAAUAAGCUAAGAAAAAGUUAGUGAAAGACUUUUUCUUGUUUUUUACUUUUUUUUAUACAUAGAUAGAUAAAUAUUGUUUUAAGAGGAAGGAAAGGGAUAAUUGGAGAGGUAUGAAUCCUUCUUGCAAAUUUUGCAAUGCUUUUUGGUGGGAGAAGAAAUUGUAUUGUCUUCCUUGCGCAGUUAUACAUAUAUAUUGCGAAGAAUGUCUAUAUAAAAUCAGUUUUCAAAGGGAAUUAAGAGCUGGAGAUAAAUUUCAUUGUCCAACCUGUUCAGUUGAACAUCGAUGGCCAAUUGAAGGCGUUAGAGGAUUUAGUCGAAUACCUUAUGAUAAUAUGAAUAAAAUGCAUACUAAAACAGAUCGCGAAUCAAUAAGUUCGUCCGAUUCAGUUUUUAUGGAAAAUACGGAAUUAAAUGGAAAUGGAACUGUUGAAUUAGCUGAAGAAAAUUAUCCUGAAAAUAUUAUAACUAGAGCUUUAAAACAAGUAGAGAUAAAUUGUAAAGAAGUUAGUAAUCAAGUUCUAAAAGAGGUUAAUUUAAUUUUAAACGCCUUGAAUGCUGAACAUCAACUACUUCAAAAAGAGAUUAAUAACUAUCGUUCAUACACUGAAUACGAAUUGAAAAGGUUAGCGUUAGAAGGUGGAGAAUUCGAUGUAUUGAAAACGUUCAACGAUGAUGUUUACAAGAAAUUUAUUGAUCGCAAAUUAUCUAAUAGAGUAUUAAAGAUUCUUGGUAAAAAUAUGUAUUUUAAAUCUGCAAAAGGAGACGUAAAGAUUGGUGAAGUAUUAGAAAAUACAAUAAAUGGUAAAGAAUUAAGGGAGGAGAGCGAAAUUCAAGCGUUAACUACAACUCCGUCAAGCGUUAUUUAUCUUACGGAAAAACACGAAAGAAAUUACAUUUACAAGAUUGUCGAAUAUUCAUUUAAUAAAAAUCUUAUGAGAUGUCAUCUUAUGUGGAAGACAGCACAUAAGAAUGGUUAUAAAUUGGCCGUCGGUAAGAAUAUUUAUGUAAUGGAUGAUAGAACUGGUAGUAUCUAUCUAAUCGAUAAAGAUGCUGUUGAAUGCUCCGAUCCAGGAUUUUUUGCGUCACCAUCAAAAUCGACGAUAUCUGUAAGAUGUAGCUAUUUUACAUCGUAUCCCGGAGGUGGUGUUAUAACGUAUACAGGAUACAAUUACGAGGCUAAAAUAUCCAAAUUAUCCGAUCCAUUCGAAGAGGUUUGGACAAUUGAAUUGGCUCUUACAAAUGGUAUUGUCAACGAUAUGAAAACAUGCGCAAAUUUCGUUUAUAUUUUAACAUCUAAUAGUAAAAUCUGUAUAUUAGAUUUAGAAACUGGUAAUCUUUUAUGGAGAAUCAAUUGGAUGGGUAUGUCGGUACCUGUAUACGGUUUUGAAGAUUUAAGAUUUACGCCCAGUAAUAGAACCGUAUCUUGCCUUUUAAUGGGUGAAAAUAUAACUGUUUUAAUAGAUCAAUUAAAAAAUAAAACAAAUUCAUGGACAUUUAUGGUCUACGGUAACAAUUGCGAAAGUUAUAAGAUAAUUGAUUACGUCAAAAUGGAAAUUGGAGUUAAAUUAUGCCUUUUGGGUAAUGAUUACAAAACUUUAAGAUUUCAUACUGCUUAUAAUCAUGAGAUGUCCGAGGAUAAACUACAAGCCGAAGGAGUAUUGGAUCUCAUGUUCGCCAAGUCGCUAUGGCAUGUUAACAACAAUAAAAAAACUACUUUAAGCAAAUUGGAAAGUGAAAUUUCAAUGCUUCAAGCUUUCAUAAUAAGAGAUCAUGAAGAACUUAAAAAUCAAAUAGAAAAUUACUAUACUCAGAAAAAGAAUGAUUUAAAGAAUAAAUUAAAAUUGGCUAAGAAGGAACUAUUUUCAACAAAUCAUCAACUUCCUAUUGAAAUGUAUAGACAAGAAUUUUUUCUAGAACCGUUUAAUGAUAUAGUUGACUGUCAUAUUGAUUUUGAACCAAAUUCAACUAUUAAACACUUUAUAUUAGGCGAUAUAUUGGAGAUUACGAAUCAUAAGAAUAAUUUGAAAUUCGAUUAUAAGAUUGAAUCAUUAAUUUGUACGAAUAAUAGCAUUAUUCUCUUAUCAAGAAGACACAAAACUAAUAAUUAUAAAUAUAUACUUGAGGAAUAUGUUAUAAAUAGAAAUAUAUUAAUAUUUCAUUCAUUUUGGAUAACUGGAUGUAAAACUUCGUAUGAUAUAGCGGCAAAUUUAAAGAAUAUUUAUAUUUUAGAAAAAGAAACUGGCAAUUUAUUUGUGGUACAAUUAAAAAAGUUCACUGACCCUGAACAACCUAAAUUAUUUGCCGCUGUAUCGUUAAUGUAUAGCGAAACUUCCUUUCCCGUUUGUUGCAUCAUUCCGUUUCACAGAGGAAUAAUUAUGCAUAGAGGAAAUGGAAGAAUAACUAAAAUUUUCGAUCCUUUCAAGGAAGAUUGGACUAUUGACCUUAAAUCUAAAUAUUUACAUGCAGAAAAUAUGAUGACGACCCAAAAUUUUUUAUUCGUCCUAAAUUCAAAUGAUCUAUGGGUUUUCUACCUUGAUAGCGGAGCCGUCUAUAGAAGAAUUGAAUAUAAUGAAUCAAAUAUUAUGCUAUCUUUUGAAAGACUUCGCUACAUCAUACCAAUGUAUUCGAUAUCUUGUAUGAUACUAUCAACAUAUUCAGUGAUCUUUAUUGAAAUUAACAAUAAAGGAGAGCCGGAAAUACUCAGAUAUGAAAGAAGGGAUGGACAUUGGACUGUGAGAGAUUUUGUCUUUUCUCCAUUUGGAGCUAAACUCUGUCUUUUGGACGAUAGUGGCAAAAAUAUUAAAUUAUUACCAAUUUGUCUGGCUAAAUUCUAGAAGAAAAAAGAUUUAAACUUUCUCCGAAAAAGGUUCAUCGGAGAAAUUUCUCUUCUUUUUUCUUUCUCUUAUAUUUCAGGAACCUAUUUAUUUAUAUAAUACGCAAAUUACAUUCUUUAAAGGACAAAAAAAUACAAUAUAUCAACGUUCCCC